AUGGUAGAGCUGUGUAUUCCGGGAGAGACAACCCUAAAAUUGGAUGUAAGGGGUAGAUUAGUCUCAUCUACCCUUAUCUCAGAAAUUCGAACUAGAAAGAUGUUGAGUAAGGAAGUUCAAGGGUAUUUGGCUUUUCUUAUAAAUACUCUUAGUGAUAAGGUGAGAUUGAAAGAUAUGCCCGUAGUAAUGGAGUAUCCGGAUGUUUUUCCUGAAGAACUAGAGUUUUUGCCAUCGGAAAGAGAGAUAACAUUUAAAAUUGAUGUGACUCCAGGAGUAGCACCUAUCUCUAAGAUGCCCUAUAGAAUGGCUCCAGUCGAAUUGAAAGAGAUGAAAUUGCAAUUACAGGACCUUCUAGAGCGAGGCUUUGUAAAAGAAAGUGAUUCACCGUGGGAAGCUCCGGUGUUAUUCGUUAAAAAGAAAAAUGAGAGUUUACGGUUGUGCAUAGACUACCGAGCUUUUAUGAAUUUAAUGCAUCGAAUCUUUAAAUCUUAUUUGGAUCAAUUUGUGAUGGUGUUCAUUGACGAUAUACUGAAGUUAAAGAAGCGUUUGACAAGGGCACCUGUUUUGGCUUUACCUAAUGGAAAGGACAGUUCUGUGGUCUAUAUAGAUGCUUCAAAGGAAGGAUUGGGGUGUGCAUUGAUGCAGAAUGAUAAGGUAAUUGCACAUGCCUAUAGGAAGUUAAAAUCUCACGAGAGAAACUAUCCAACUUAUGAUUUGGAAUUAGCGGCCGUAGUGUUUACAUUGAAGAAGUGGAGACAUUACCUAUAUGGGGUGAUGUUUGAGGUUUUUACCGACCACAAAAGCUUUAAGUACUUGUUUUUCCAAAAAGAGUUGAACUUGAGACAACGUAGAUGGGUGAAAUUUUUAGAGGAUUAUGAUUGCACGAUUAAUUAUCACCCAGGGAAAGCUAAUGUGGUAGCUGAUGCUUUAAGUUGUCAAGUGCAAGUGGCAAGAUUGAUGAUCAAAGAAUUGCACUUGUUGGAAGAGAUUAGUAUUUGGAACCCUCGUCUCGAACCGAGAAAAGUGAUUCUUGGGAACAUUGUCGUGAAAUCCGUUUUCCUGGAUCGUAUCAAGAAGGCACAAGAGAAGGAUUCUGAAGUACAAAAAUGGUUGGAGAAAGUUAAAAAGGGAGAAAAAUUGGAUUUUAAUUUGGGAGUAAAUGGGAGAGGAAAGAAGUUGCAACCAAAAUUUGUAGGACCUUAUAAGAUUCUUCAACGUGUGGAAAACGUGGUUUAUAAGUUGGAACUGCCACCGAGUUUAUCUCGAAUUCAUAAUGUUUUCGAUGUGUCUAUACUCAAGAAGUAUCAUCCAGAUCCCUCCCACGUACUGCAACCAGAAAAUAUUGAGACCGACGAGGCACUGACCUAUGAGGAGAAACCAGUGAAACUUCUGGAUCGUAAGGUGACGGAAUUAAGGAAUAAGCGAAUCCCUUUGGUAAAAGUUCUAUGGAGGAAUCACAGUAUAGAGGAAAUAACUUGGGAAAUAGAAGAGGAGAUUUGA